AUGCCCAAGUUCAGCUGCCGGAAGCUCCGGGAGGCCGGCCAGGGCUUCGAGAAUUUCCUGCUGGCGGAGGGGCUGGACCAGGAGACGGACCGCGAGCGCCUGCGGAGCGUCUACAACGAAAAGUUCAAGUCCAGCUUCGGGAAGCCCGCCCCCGGCUUCUCCUCCAUGCUGUACGGGAUGAAGAGCGCCAACCUGGCCUACGUCACCAAGAAGCAGGUCCGGUUCUUCAAACUGGACCGCUGGACCGACCCGUCCGGCACCAGCACCUGCCGCCACAAGUCCCUGUUCGCCAAGAUCUUCCAUGACAGGGCCGAGUACCUCCGGGGGAAGCACGGGGUGGACGUGGAGGUGCAGGGGCCCCACGAGGCCCAGGACGGGCAGCUCCUGAUCCGCCUUGACCUGAACCGCAAGGAGCGGCUGACCCUGCGGCUGCAGAACGGAGGGGCCCAGCCGGUCACCCUCACCCACGUCUUCCCGCUUUUCUGGACCUCCCAGUUCAAGUUCUUCCCCGGGGACCAGCAGCUGCCCUGCUCGCUGGGCCCCGGGGAGAGCUAUGAGCUCAUGGUGCACUGCCAGACCAGCUUCGUGGGCUACUUCCCCGCCACCGUCAUCUGGGAGCUGCUGGGCCCCGAGGAGCCGGGCUCGGAGGGUGCCGGCACCUUCUACAUCGCCCGCUUCCUGGCCGUGGUCGCCCACAGCCCCCUGGCCGCGCAGCUGAAGCCCACCGCGCCCUACAAGCGGGCCCGCAUCACCGGGAACCCCCUCGUGAGCGCCCGCAUCGAGGAGGGAGAGAGGCCCGACCGCGCGAAGGGCUAUGAGCUGGAGCUCAGCUUGGCGCUGGGGCCGUACCACCCGCCCGCCCGCCUCCGCCGGCUGCUCCCCACGCUGCUGCAGGGGAGGAGCGUCUUCACGGCCCCGAAGGAGGUCGCCGAGGUCAAGGCCAAGCUGGAGACGUCCCUGAAGAGCAGAAACUACCAGACGAAGCUCCAGCUGCUGCUGCACCUGGAGGAGCUGCAGAUGGAGCAUGACAUCCGGCACUACGACCUGGAGUCCGUGCCCAUGACCCGGGACCCCGUCGCCCAGAACCCCAAGCUGCUCACGUUGGAGGUUCCUGGGGUGGCCGAGAGCCGCCCCUCGGUGCUCCGGGGAGACCACCUGUUCGCCGCGCUGUGCUCCGAGGCGCACCAGCAGGACCCCGUCACCUACAAGGGCUUCGUGCACCGGGUGGAGCUGGAUCGCGUCAAGCUGAGCUUCUCCCCGAGCCUCCUGGGCCGCUUCGUGGACGGGCUGACCUUCAAGGUGAGCUUCACCUUCAACCGGCAGCCCCUGCGGGCGCAGCAUCGGGCCUUGGAGCUGACGGGGCGCCACCCGCUGUGGCCCACGCUCUUUCCCAAGGCCGCCCGCGGGGUCCGGCGGCUGCCCUCCGAGGACGUGGCGUUCAAGCUCUACGACCGGAGUCUGGAGUCGAACCCCGAGCAGCUCCAGGCCCUGAAGCACAUCGUGAUGGGCACCACCCGUCCGGCCCCCUACAUCAUCUUCGGGCCGCCGGGCACCGGCAAGACGGUCACCCUGGUGGAAGCCAUCAAGCAGGUGGUGAAACUCUUGCCCCAGGCCCACGUCCUGGCCUGCGCUCCGUCCAAUUCGGGGGCAGAUCUCCUCUGCCAGCGGCUCCGCACCCACCUGCCCAGCUCCAUCUACCGGCUCCUGGCCCCCAGCAGGGACUUCCGCAUGGUGCCCGAGGACAUCAAGCCCUGCUGCAACUGGGACGCCACCAAGGGGGAGUUCGUGUUUCCCGCCAAGAAGAAGCUGCAGGAAUAUCCCGUCUUAAUCACCACCCUCAUCACUGCCAGCAGAUUGGUCUCGGCCCAGUUUCCCAUCGACCAUUUCACCCACAUCUUCAUCGAUGAGGCCGGCCACUGCAUGGAGCCCGAGAGCCUGGUGGCCAUCGCAGGGCUGAUGGAAGUCAAGGAGUCGGGCGAUCCGGGGGCGCAGCUGGUGCUGGCGGGGGACCCCCGGCAGCUGGGGCCUGUGCUGCGCUCCCCGCUGGCCCAGAAGCACGGGCUGGGCUACUCGCUGCUGGAGCGGCUGCUUACCUUCAACGCCCUGUACAAGAAGGGCCCCGACGGCUACAACGCCCAGUUCAUCACCAAGCUGCUGCGCAACUACAGGUCUCACCCCACCAUCCUGGACAUCCCUAACCAGCUCUACUACGACCGGGAGCUGCAGCCCUGUGCCGACCAGGUGGAGCGGGAGCGCUUCUGCCAGUGGGAGGGCCUGCCCCGCCAGGGCUUCCCCAUCAUCUUCCACGGCGUCAUGGGCAAGGAUGAGCGUGAGGGCAACAGCCCCUCCUUCUUCAACCCCGAGGAGGCCGCCACGGUGACCUCCUACCUGAAGCAGCUGCUGGCGUCCUCCUCCAAAAAGGGCCGAGGCUGCCUGAGCCCCCGGCACGUGGGCGUCAUCUCCCCGUACCGGAAGCAGGUGGAAAAGAUCCGCCACUGCAUCACCAGGCUGGACAAGCAGCUGCGGGGACUGGACGACAUCAAGGACCUGAAGGUGGGCUCCGUGGAGGAGUUCCAGGGCCAGGAGCGCAGCGUCAUCAUCAUCUCGACCGUGCGGAGCAGCCAGAGCUUCGUGCAGCUGGACCUGGACUUCAACCUGGGCUUCCUCAAGAACCCCAAGAGGUUCAACGUGGCCGUGACCCGGGCCAAAGCCCUGCUCAUCGUGGUGGGCAACCCGCUGCUCCUGAGCCACGACUCCGACUGGAAGGCAUUCCUGGACUUCUGCAGAGACAAUGGGGGCUACACCGGGUGCCCCUUCCCUUCCAAAGUGGACCCGGAGCACGAACAGGAUUUAAUCAAAGGUCUGAGCAAGCUCAGCUUCUCUACCUCAGGGCCCCAAAGUCCCGACUACCUCUCCCAGGACCUGGAGGGUGAGGCCCACCUGCCCCUGCAGGUGGAGCCGGAGUGGAGGAACGACCUCUGA